UCCCAGCCGCACAGUCAGUGGCUACUGAAGAAGGUGUCUCGUCCUCUGAAAAAGGCGUCAUACAUGAUAACGUCAGCUAAAUAACCAGCCAGGCUCCUGCUAUGUUGAUGGCUUAGCUAGUAGCUACAAUCUGUCAUAUACAGCCAGCUCUUAUAAGUUCCCUCCAGCCAGGCAGCUAGAUGAGUCAGCGGAAGGAGCGCCGCGGGAUCCACGUGGACCAGUCAGAGCUGCACUGCAACAAGGGCUGUGGUUACUAUGGCAACGCAGCCUGGCAGGGCCUGUGCUCCAAGUGCUGGCGGGAGGAGUACCAGCGGGCCCGGCAGAAGCAGAUCCAGGAGGACUGGGCCCUAGCUGAGAAGCUGCAGAGGGAGGAGGAGGUUGCCUAUGCCAGCAUCCAGGGGGCCCAGUCUCAGCCCCUGUCUCAGCCCCAGGCGCCACCCCAGGCCUCUCUGGCGCCCUUCUCCAAGUUCGAGGAGAAGAAGACCAAUGAGAAGACGCGCAAGGUGACCACUGUGAAGAAGUUUUUUAGUCCCUCGUCACGGACAGCCCCCAAGAAAGAGAACCAGGAGGGCAAGACCCCCAGCCCCUCCAUCAGCCGCCAGUCAAGCAUUGAGACGGACCGCGUCUCCAGAGACUUUGUGGACUUCCUGAAGACCCUACAUAAGCCCGGCCGUGAGGUCCACAAGCAGAGCCGAGCCUUCAUCGAGAUCAUGGCCAACAAAAAGGACUUGAGUGCUGACGAGCUGUCUGAGUGUGUCCAAGACUUCUACCAGAAUUUGUCCGACCGCCUCAUGACUCAUUUUAAAGGCUCUUCAGAGCGUGUGGAGCGAGUGAUGGAUGAGGUGGAGAAGUACAUUAUGACACGCCUGUAUAAGAGUGUCUUCUGCCCCGAGACCACAGAUGAUGAGGAGAAAGACCUGGCCACUCAGAACCGGAUACGGGCGUUACACUGGGUGGACAUUCAGAUGCUUUGUGUGCCAGUGGAUGAGGAGAUCCCAGAGGUUUCAGACAACGUGGUCAAAGCCAUAACAGAUGUCAUCGAGAUGGACUCCAAGCGGGUACCCCGGGACAAGCUAGCGUGCAUCACGCGCUGCAGCAAGCACAUCUUCAGCGCCAUCAAGAUCACAAAGAGCGAGCCAGCCUCGGCCGACGACUUCCUGCCCACCCUGAUCUACAUCGUGCUGAAGGCCAACCCUCCACGCCUGCAGUCCAACAUCCAGUACAUCACCCGCUUCUGCAACCCCAGCAGGCUCAUGACUGGAGAGGACGGAUACUACUUCACUAACCUGUGCUGUGCAGUUGCCUUCAUCGAGAAACUGGACGCCCAGUCUCUCAACUUGGACCCCGAGGACUUUGAGCGCUACAUGUCGGGCCAGACCUCUCCUCGCAGGCCUGAGGCAGACGGCGGCUGGCCCCAGGUGGACCCUCCUACUGGCUCUGCCGCCUCCAGUCCCGCCCUGACUCAAGUCUACCAGAACCUGGACCUCCUGUCUGGCAUGGGGAGCCGACAAGACAGGGUUCUGGAGGGGGUACAGAGCCUGCAGAGAGACCUGAUCACCUGGCAGGAGAGUGUGGAGCGAGAGGUGCAGGAGAUCCUGGAGAAGUACCCGCUGGAGAUCCGCCUGCCCGCCCCCUCCGCCAUUGACUCAGACAACGUGGAAAACGACCGGCUGCCGCCACCACUGACGCCCCAGGUGUUUGCUGGGUAAUGUCUCUGCAGAAUCGGAGGCAACAAAGGGCUUCUUGAACAAAUGACUGCGCCUCUCUAAUGUCUUGAAGCGUCAUUGGCUCUUCACUUUGGUGAGGUUCAGGAAGUGACAGCCCCCUCCUGUCUCCACUGCUACGCUUUUAAACAUUCUCACAUACUGUAAGCCAAGUAGGCUUUGGUCCAUUAUGACCCCUAGACCCUUUCCUGAUAGCAUUCACAGAUCUUACUAUCUCAGCCUGGUUAAAUUAAGCAUUAAUAGAUCAAAAGGAUGGACUAAGUUUGAGGAAAAGAGUUUAGGAACUGAAAUGGAGCCAAGCCAAAACAAUGCUCCUGCAUACACACUCCUUUUAGACCAGACCUCUUCAGAUCAGAUGGCCUCACACUAUGUAUGGCGGAGUUGGCAUUCGGCCCUAGUCUGUACUCCUCUACACCCCCGCUGCACAGACCCAGAUGGCACAUCUUGAUACUGUAAGAUUACUUCUCCAGCUUGUAAUGCCGAGGAAAGGGGUAUGUAUUUUUAGAUAGCAGCUGCGGAUGAAUUUGGGAAACGCUGACUUCUGCAUCUUGCAGUAUGCACUCUGCAGAAUUGUAUACUCUGCCUGCAUGUGCUUUGCUCCUAGCCUUCUUGAGUCUCCAGCAAGGGACCAGGGUGUAGGCUAAUUGUGCGCAAUGGGGGGAAAAAGGGAUGUGUUUCAUCCAAAACCAAAGGUCUUAAGCUGGUUCUUAUGUGAUUAUGCCCCAAUGUGUGGUCUCAACUAAUAUUUGUAAUGGUAAUAUAGAGCGCUUAAUCAGAAAAGUAUGAAUUAGGUAGGUAAGGUACUUUAACUUCUCUCGUUAAUUUUAUAUCUCAACUAUGUGUCAGUAUGGCCAAGAGCCCUUACUGUAUGUAUUAAAGGACCUUUUUCCUGAUGAUGUGAUCUGACCAGGAAAACUCCUGUUACUACUCAUGUAGGAUGCCCAUGAGGCAUAGUAAUGCAGAAGCAUGCUUCUUGUUAUAGACUUUCUUUUUUUUUGAUAGUUGAACCAUGGCGCUGAUGCUGUGUACUACAAUAGGGAAAUUAUCCUGUAUGUUCCUAAAUGAACAAUGUAUUAAAAGGGAAUUUCUUCUCCCAGGUACAUAAUGUAUUAGUUGGGGAUAACAAUAUUAUUGGGGAGCAGUGUAAGAAGUUAUCUUUUUAACACGUUAAUGUUGGAUAAACGAUUACUACCUAUGGUAUUAUGGGAGGCAGAGCACAUAACACUCCUCAAUUAAUUUGUAACUUGAACAAAUACUUUUUAAUUGUUUCCUUGGUGCACUGCUGCUGGGCGAUUCCAAGUCAGCUGAAGCAGAAAAUAUUGUUAAUGUGGUUGUUCUGGCAAUUUUCACAUAGUAACUUCAUUGAUAGGAAGGAUGUUUAACAAGCUUUUUACAUCUGUAUCACAAACCAUUUUUUUAUCAUGGUGAAAGUGGCCAUUUUAGGCCCUCUUUAUACCUAUACAUGCCUCCUGUAAGACCCUAUGAUCUGUGAACAGUACAUGAUACAGACAACAUCUUGGUGUCAUUAUACUCCUUAUAGCAUGCUCUAACAUAUGGAGUAUGUCUAGAUUCUGAAAUACAAAUGUUCACAUGAAUUUAUUCAACAUUACAAAUACUAUUAUAAAUAUCUCAAAACUACCCUUUUUGAUUGUGUUCAUUUGAAGACAUAUUGUUUGGAACAAUAUACUCUACAAGUACAUUAUAUUUCUAGAGUGGGCGCUCUGCUAAUUCUGAAGUAAUAAUACAUUUUAUGAGCACCACCAACAUAGUGAAUGAGGAAAAAUGGAUUUAAAGGGAACUCCAUCUUUUGGUGAUUUGCUAAAUGUGCAAGCCUAAAGGAGGGAUGUGAUUGGUUAAUGACCUAUAAUGUCAAUUUCUAUGUAUAAAAUGUAUAAUUUUAACAGUAGCAGAGAGUCACUGGAAAUGUGAUGUGUUUGAAGAGUGUAUUGUUACAAACAAUAUGUUUAUAAAUAAGACAAAUCAAAAGGGGAGUUUUGAGAUAUAUUUUUUCAUGUUUAAUAAAUUGAUGUGAAAAUGUGUAUUUCAGAAUCUAGAUAUACUCCAUAUACUGGAUCACACUAUAAGGAGUAUAAUGACACCAAGAUGUUGUCUGUAUCAUGUACUGUUCACAGAUCAUAGGGUCUUACAGGAGGCAUGAAUAGGUAUAAAAAGGGCCUAAAAUGGCCACUUUCAUCAUGAUUUUCUAAAAAAUGUUUAGUGAUACAAAUGUAAAAAGCUUGUCAAACGUCCUUUCUCCCAAUGAAGUUCCUAUGUGAGAAUUGCCAGAACGAUCUUCCGCUGGGCUAGAAUCGACCUGCUAUAUUUCUAAUUUGUUUUGUGAUUUUGAUGGUGCAAAAUUAUCUGGCUGUAAAAAAAGAAAAAAAAGAAGGCAAUGGUACUACUUAAGCUAAACGUGAGAACGUAUCAAUAAGCUUGCUAAAAUAUGUGGCCCUUUAAUUUCAUUAUAAUCACAUUCAAACGGUUGUAAAAUAUUUAAGAGGAUGCCAGUCUAGUGAAACAAAGGAUUAAUAGAGGACUUUCAGUUAAUAUGCUUCUUUUCCAUUUUGCAACAGAUCUGGGAACACCAUCCUAACAUUUAUUCUUCAGAUAGUGGUACAAUCUGUGAAACCUGAAGUUGACCAAGACGCAGGUUACUGUGUUAUGUACAAAAUGCCAGUGAUCUGCUGAUAUAUGGAGGUGGCAUGUUGUAUAUCAUUAUGUAAUCGUGAAAUAUGGAUGAUACCUGGGGAAUGUUCAGUAGGGCGAAACAGAACAAUGCAGGAGGGACACUUCUUAACGGUUCGAUCUGAUUACCGCAUGGUGUUUACUCUAUUACAUGAGUUUUCUAUCAGCAAUCCAUUGAAUGUUUUAAUCACCUGAAUAAGCCCCUGGUUGUAAAGUGUUAUUACUCAUUCCGCUGUUACACAUAGACAUAACAGGUACUCUACUUUAACACUGUAAUCAACUGUGACUGACUGCUAAGAGGUCUCUUAAGAGAUUUCUAAACAAGUAUGUGUAUAUUUAUGUCUUUUAAACUUUUAAACUGAAUGGCACAUCACUUUUUAUUAUGGACAUGUAACUUAUAAGAAUAGCCUUGUUUUACAGUGUCUAUUGCCAGUGUAUUGAUUGCCAUUCAAUGAAUAAACCCCUGGAUUUUGAAUCCA